UUGACUUGCUCAUGCGUCAGUGAAUGCGGCGUUAAAGAAACGGAAGCGAGUAGCAGUGUUUCGCUUCACUUGAUAACAUUGUUAGUUAACUAUAAUAAACCAGUUAAAUAUAUAUCGUUUAAGUUUCUAUCGACAAGAAAUGAGCGACAACGAAAAGGAUUUUGGCGAGCGGGUUGAGUUGGGAAGAAGCAAAAUGGCGGAAGAAGUUUCAGAUAUGAAGUUUGAAGUUGUUAAAGGGCAUAUUUGAUGAAGCUGAUGGUGUUGAUGCAUGCUAAUGUAAAAUGAAGCUGGCAGAAGCGAGCGGCCACUCUGUCCACUGGUAGAGUGAUGUAAUGGCAGAAAUCAAAUGGGAGGAAGGAAGUGGGGGAAGAGGAGAGAAAAAUGAAGUCAGAAAUGGUGUGAAACGGAAGAAAGAAGAAAAGAGAUGGUUGUUUUGAAGUUAUGAAGUUAAAGAAGUGAUGAAGUUAUGAGAAGUGUUCGGGGGUAUGGUUAAUUCCCUAUAGCCUGCUAUGUUAUUACUACAAUCCUAUUUCUCUCUCCCUCUCCUUCUGUUUUCUAAAGCAGUGUUUCCCAAGCCAUCCCUCAAGGACCCCCAUUCAUUACACCUGUUUGUUCUAUUCCACCACUGGUACACCUGAUUCAACAAAAUCUCAAGCUCUUUCUCAAAUUGAAUCAGGUGUACUAAAACAGAAAUGUGCGACAGUUGGGGUCUCCCUGAGGGAUGGCGUGAGAAACACUUCUUAAGCAUGCAUGCCAACUGUUCCUCCAUCUCAGACACAUUACCUAGUCCUCAACACGCAAGGUUAAACUCUGCUACGCUGCCUAGAGUGUAAGAGAACAAUCCGCUCAUCAUAGAACUGUGUUAAGAUUAACUAGAUUAACACCUACUUUAAUUAAUCCUAUAUGAUAUCCUCUGGUCGCCUGUAACAGGCAGAUCUAGUUACAACAAAUACCUGUCGUUAAUGAAAUGUUAUCAUUUUUUUUUCUUAAACUACUGGAGCUGAAAUAUAAGAGGGGCCUGUAGCAGGUUUGAGCGAGGUUCCUUCUGUACCUCCUCUCUCUCUAUCCUGACCAUUUCUAUGUUUUGAUUCUGAACUGUGUUUUAUGUGUAUCUGGCCCGAUCAGGAUUCGCGGUCCGCUUCCAGGAGUGUGAGCCCAAGGGGUUCUGGGAAGUCUGCCAGCCGCUCCCCGGCCCAUUCCCCAGCCCGCUCCAAAGAUGGCUCCAGACACUCCAGGUCUAAGUCCCACUCCCGAUCCCGCUCCAAGUCCAGGUCUCGUUCCCACAGAAGCUCCCGCAGGCAUUAUUCCCGCUCUCGCUCCCGUUCCCACCGCCGCCGUUCCCGUAGCCGUUCCCGAAGCGGGGAAUACCGCCGCCGUCGGAGCCACAGCCACUCCCCCAUGUCCAACCGCCGCAGGCACAUUGGCAACCGGGCCAACCCGGACCCGAACUGCUGCCUGGGUGUGUUUGGUCUGAGCCUGUACACCACAGAGAGAGACCUGAGAGACGUGUUCUCUAAGUACGGCCCCCUGGCUGACGUCAGCAUCGUCUACGACCAGCAGUCACGACGCUCCCGCGGCUUCGCCUUCGUCUACUUCGAAGUCCGAGAGGACGCCAAUGAGGCUAAGGAGAGAGCUAAUGGAAUGGAGUUGGAUGGACGGAGGAUCAGGGUCGAUUUCUCAAUCACCAAACGACCACACACUCCUACCCCUGGGAUAUAUAUGGGACGGCCCACAUAUGGUGGCGGCGGCGGCAGCAGCAGCAGCGGAGGCGGUGGUGGUGGAGGAGGAGGAGGAAGUGGCGGCGGCCCCAGCUCAAGCUCAUCUCGCCGUAGCUCGAAGGAUUAUGACCGCGGCGGUGACCGUGGUUACGACAGAGGCUAUGACCGUGGCUACGAUCGUUAUGACGACCGAGAGUGCUACAGGUCCUACAGACGCAGGUCUCCGUCCCCGUACUACAGCCGAGGGACCUACCGGUCUCGCUCCCGCUCGCGGUCUUACUCCCCACGCCACUACUGAGAAGAGGAGCAAGAUGAUACUUUUUGUGGGGUUAGGGCCAAGGGUGGGGUGCAUAUCUGGGGAAGUUAGGGAAAUGGUAAAGGAUAUAAUUGUGAACUUGAUAAACAGUCAUAUUUUUUGUUUAUUUUAGUUACAUUUAUUCAGUAGGUGGAUUUCUGUACAUGAGCUUCUGUCAGUCUUGCCCGUUGUGUUUAGAGAAGCUGUCGAUUUGUUAAUCCAAGGUUCUCCCCAGGAUUUUUUUAAAAUGGGGGUGCUGCUGAGUACAGCGAACACCUGUAAUUCCCAUUUCCUGCAAUCAAGAGCACAUUUCGGUAGGGUUAAAUUUUACAUAGUGGCGCAGCCAGUCCACAAGGUGUCGCAGCACCCCUCUUACAUUCUUUGGGGAGAACCCUGUUUAAUCCAUCGGAUCUGUAUUUUGUAUCACCAGGCUCCUUUUUACUGGGUAGAUGUGUUGAAGUACAGUGAUAUUUAGUGCACGAUAGGUUCUAGGGGAGAGGGCCCAAGGUAAAUGCAGCUCUAGGAUCUGAUUACCUUACCCCCAAUUCUAACCUUAACCAUUAGGUUGAUUAAAAAAUAUCUCACCCUUUAUCAGUGGUUAGGGGGCAACUUCUUCCUCCUGUAUGUUUGGGAGAAGAGCCAAGAGCUAGAAGCUCUACCCUAGUUCAAUGCUGUGUGUAUGGGUGUACCAUGAUUUUAAGUCUGCAGUAUUCCAAGCAAUAAUAAAACUGCAUCUUUUCAA